AUGGACACCGCCCCCAGGUCCUCCUCCCGUCCUCGACCAACAUCCAGACCAACAACGCCGCUACGUCCUAGUUCGAGGUCGUCAAUUCGCAAUUCACAUGGAUAUAGCGACAGUCUAAACGCAGCUGGAUAUGAAGAGCCUGCCAUCAACUCGCUGGAACCGCAAUUUGCCGAGCUGGCGGACUCGAUGGCUGACCUAGAGGCAAACUUUAUGCACCUUCAAUUGAUGCACGAAAGUCUGUCGAGGUUUAGCGAGAGCUUUGCCAGUUUUCUGUAUGGGCUAAACAUGAACGCCUUUUGCGUUGAUUUUCCAGAAGCUCCUAUUCCUGAGUCUUUCAAGAGAGCACUAGAAGCCAAGGCGCAACAAGAAUCACUGUCGCACAAGACAGGACAGGAUAUCGAUGCGACCUUUUUAACAACGGAUACAUCAUUCGUCGACAAUCCCCCCGCCACGGUCUCGUCCAAAGCUACGCCGAAGAAAGCACCUGUUUCAUCUCGAGGGCGCGGCAGUACCAGAGGUACUGCUAGUAGUCGAUAUGCUACGAGAGGAUCUGGGACAGCCAGAGGUCGUCCGAGUGGACUACCACGGGGUAGCGGGUUGCCCCGCGGGAGAGGAAAUCGCUGA